GUUUCCUGCCAUUCCGCUUUCCAACCUUUACUUGACGUCUGCCACAUACUACGAAUAUAACUUACGCAAUGGCAGCGUCGCUGCCAAUCCCCGUUUUUAAUACCCUCGAAGAAGCGUAUUCCAGUCUUGGAAGCGCACUUGACCAUGCGCCUCGCUGGGAUAACCUAGCGGUGGAAUUCGAGUCGCGUUUUGGCAGAAAACCUGCUUUCAUCGCCCGAGCCCCUGGAAGAGUAAAUCUGAUCGGAGAGCACAUCGAUUAUGCAUUAUUCGGUGUACUCCCCGCCGCAGUUGAACGUGACAUCCUCAUCGCAUGCGCGCCGCGCUCUACGACUGAGCAAGGUGCUGUGCGAGCUGAGAACCUCGCAGGAUCCAAGUAUCCCCCGAGGCAUUUUGCGCCGUCUUUCAAGAAUAGCGCCUGGCACCUCGACAUUGACAAGACGCAGCUCAAUUGGGAGAGCUACGUCAAGGCAGGUUACUAUGGUGUCCUGAAUACAUUCUUUGCAUCGGGCGAGGAACAGCCCGUACCGGUCGACAUCCUUGUCACUGGUUCCGUCCCAGCUGGAUCGGGCCUGUCAUCCUCCGCGGCCAUGGUCGUCGCCUCCACACUCACCUUCCUGGCCGUGAAUAACAAGCUUACGGGGGUGAGCAAGGGCCGGCUCGUCGAACUGGCUAUGGAAAACGAGAAACGCGUUGGCGUCAACUCGGGCGGAAUGGAUCAAGCCGCCUCCGUGAUCUCCCUUCCGAACUCCGCCCUCUACAUCACCUUCUUCCCCACACUUUCUGCCGAGCCGAUCCCGCUCCCCUCGGGUUCCUCUCCCGCAGUCCCAACCGAAUCCACCACGACCACGGCUCCUUCCUUAACCACAUCUACCGCACAGCCCCACCAGGCGUCAACAGAUCCGCACAACACCAGCCUAGCUGUCGAAGUCCCAGCGGCCAGCGCGGGCGGCGUGUUCGUCUGCGCCAACUCGCUCGUCGUCUCCGACAAAGUUGUCGGGGCACGAACGCGAUACAACCUCCGCGUCGUCGAGACGCUCGUCGCCGCUCGCGUUCUGUGCCGCAUCCUCGGGCUACCCCUCGACGAGGACAUCAGCGGCAAGCGGGAGCGUGUGACGCUCCGCGAGGUGGUCGGGCGCUACCUUGGCGUGAAAGAAACCAAAGGCGGCGAGCCCCUGCUGUCCACCGCGCAGCUACACAAAGGACUCUCCGAGCUCGGCGUGCUCAGCGGGCGGCUGCGCCCGGGAUGCUGGAAAGCCGACGCGGGCGAGAACACGGUCCUGGCACAGGGCGCGGAGCUCGGCGUGUCUAUGGAGGAGAUGGUGGAGAUGAGCGGGCUGGAAAAAGAUGAGUUCCACGAGACCUACCUUAGCUGGGUCGACGUCGAGGCACCAAACGGCCGCUUCCAGCUGUACAAGCGCGCGGCACAUGUGUUUUCGGAGGCCUUGAGGGUGUUGCAGUUCAGGCAGGCGUGCUUGCAGGGACGGGAGCUGAUUGAUAAUAAGCCAAACGCACCCGUAGGCGAAAACGCUACCAAGGCCAUACUUGAGGUCCUCGGCGCGCUCAUGAAUGAGUCUAUGGAGUCGUGCUCGAAGCUCUACGAAUGCUCCUGCCCCGAACUUGACCAGCUGACGACGAUAUGCAGAGAGGCCGGGGCCUACGGUUCCCGACUCACAGGUGCCGGCUGGGGGGGCUGCACGGUCUCUCUUGUUGCGGAGUCGCAGGUACAAGAUUUCAUCGCAAGGGUGAAAGCCGCGUAUCCGCCGUACAAGAACCUCGAAGGCGAGCAACUGAAGGAAGUCAUCUUCGCCACGAAACCAAGCAGCGGAGCUUUUGUAUAUAAAUUUGAUUAAAAUGAUGUUAAGUGAAGCAUGUCCGAAGUAUGUACAAGAAUGUACUGCGUACUCGAUGAUAAAACUAUGCUUCCCCCCAUUGGUCCGCAGUACUGCCUGCAUUAC